CUGGGUCUGUACAUUGGUAAUGGGAGAGGAGGGCUGGGUCUGUACGUUGGUAAUGGGAGAGGAGGGCUGGGUCUGUACGUUGGUAAUGGGAGAAGAGGGCUGGGUCUGUACGUUGGUAAUGGGAGAGGAGGGCUGGGUCUGUAUGUUGGUAAAGGGAGAGGAGGGCUGGGUCUGUACGUUGGUAAUGGGAGAGGAGGGCUGGGUCUGUACGUUGGUAAUGUGAGAGGAGGGCUGGGUCUGUACGUUGGUAAUGGGAGAGGAGGGCUGGGUCUGUACGUUGGUAAGGUGAGAGGAUGGGCUGGGUAUGUACGUUGGUAAGGUGAGAGAAGGGCUGGGUCUGUAUGUUGGUAAGGUGAGAGGAGGGCUGGGUCUGUACGUUGGCAAGGUGAGAGGAGGGUUGGGUCUGUACAUUGGUAAGGUGAGAGGAGGGCUGAGUCUGUACGUUGGUAAGUUGAGAGGAGGAAUGGGUCUGUACGUUGGUAAGGUGAGAGGAGGGCUGAGUCUGUACGUUGGUAAGUUGAGAGGAGGAAUGGGUCUGUACGUUGGUAAGGUGAGAGGAGGGCUGGGUCUGUACGUUGGUAAGGUGAGAGGAGGGCUGUGUCUGUACAUUGGUAAUGGGAGAGGAGGGCUGGGUCUGUACGUUGGUAAUGGGAGAGGAGGGCUCGGUCUGUAAUAAUAAUAUAAUAAUAAUAUACCAUUUAGCAGACGCUUUUAUCCAAAGCGACUUACAGUCAUGCGUGCAUACAUUUUUGUGUAUGGGUGGUCCCGGGGAUCGAACCCACUACCUUGGCGUUACAAGCGCCGUGCUCUACCAGCUGAGCUACAGAGGACCACAGUACAUUGGUAAUGGGAGAUGACGGCUGGGUCUGUACGUUGGUAGUGGGAGAGGAGGACUGGGUCUGUACGUUGGUAAGGUGAGAGGAUGGGCUGGGUCUGUACGUUGGUAAGGUGAGAGGAGGGCUGGGUCUGUACGUUGGUAAGGUGAGAGGAGGACUGGGUCUGUACGUUGGUAAGGUGAGAGGAGGGCUGGGUCUGUACGUUGGUAAGGUGAGAGGAGGGCUGGGUCUGUACGUUGGUAAUGGGAGCGGAGGGCUGGGUCUGUACGUUGGUAAGGUGAGAGGAGGGCUGGGUCUGUACGUUGGUAAGGUGAGAGGAGGGCUGUGUCUGUACGUUGGUAAUGGGAGAGGAGGGCUCGGUCUGUACAUUGGUAGUGGGAGAGGAGGACUGGGUCUGUACGUUGGUAAGGUGAGAGGAGGGCUGGGUCUGUACGUUGGUAAGGUGAGAGGAGGGCUGGGUCUGUAUGUUGGUAAGGUGAGAGGAGGGCUCAGUCUGUACGUUGGUAAGUUGAGAGGAGGUGAGAGGAGGGCUGGGUCUGUAAGUUGG